UGUAAACUGACCCAGCUGCAAAGACUACAAGGCCCAUCUCCCCUGCCCUUGCAGGGAGAAGAAAAAGAAACCAAACAUCUGCUGGAGUAGAUUCUGUUGGUCCCAUUCACUCCAGCUCCCAUGUGCACUUUAGCCCUCACUCUGAUGGCAGAAACUUCUCCAGGUGUCAAACCUUGCUGUGAAUAAAAUUUUAAGAAGAGUUCCUGUGCUCAAACUUACACUUGUAUAUGUCUUCCUGGAUACAGGGUGUCUACAAUCCCUGGAAUGGGAAAGCAUCACGUGACCUGAACAUCUAACCCAGAAAGCAAAAGCCACAUUGGGUUUUUAUAGGGAGGGGGGCUGGGGUGUAGCUCAUUGUAAGAGCGCUCCCGAGCUAAUUUCUCUCUCCCUCUCUAUCCUCUGUUGAGAGCCACAGCCCAAGGGUCUGGCAAUCCUCCUUCAACAGGCCCAGGCAAGAACAGCAGGAAUUAUAUGAGCUUCCACAAGGUGGCACUAAAGACACGCUCACCAGGGGCGUGACCCAGCGAAGCACCCGGAAGGGAAAUCUUUCCGUCGUGCCUUUCCAUUGGGUUCACCGGGCUUUCUCUUCCCCGGUACACGUAGGACCGUGCUCCACUAGCGCUGCCGACUUCGGCUGGGCGGGAUGGGUAAGGUAGGCUGGAGAGCCGAGUCACGCAGCCUGCGGAGCUAAUGAAGAAGGGCUAGUAGCUUCCGCGCAAGGUCCGGGCGUGGACGUAGCUGGGACGCGCAGGCCAGCCAGGCGCUGGGAGCUCGGGGCUCCUUCUUCCGGAGACCCCGACGCGUUGCCCGGCUACCGCGUCGACUCAUCUCCCUUCCACAGUCUCCAGGGCCGGGCCUCGCGGCCACCGAGGCACCCGGCCCCGAGCUCUCGCUGUUCGCCUCUCCAAUGAAUCAGAAGGUGCGCGCCGCGCUGCUGCCUCCCCAAGAUGUCGGAGACAAGGUGGAGACCCUUAUGUUACAUCCAGUGAUCAAGGCUUUCCUGUGUGGCUCCAUCAGUGGGACCUGCUCUACCCUCCUUUUCCAGCCCCUGGAUCUCCUUAAAACACGCCUGCAGACUCUCCAGCCCUCAGACCACGGGUCCAGACGUGUUGGCAUGUUGGCUGUAUUCUUGAAGGUGGUUCGCACUGAGAGUCUUUGGGGCCUUUGGAAAGGGAUGUCCCCUUCCAUCGUGAGAUGUGUCCCUGGCGUUGGAAUUUACUUUGGCACUCUCUACUCUUUGAAGCAGUAUUGCUUGAGAGGCCAUCCCCCUACUCCCCUGGAAUCGAUCAUGCUGGGUAUGAGCUCUCGCUCUGUUGCAGGGGUCUGCAUGUCACCUAUCACAGUGAUCAAGACACGCUAUGAGAGUGGAAAAUACGGCUAUGAGAGCAUCUACGCAGCUCUGAGAAGCAUCUACCGCAGUGAGGGACACCGAGGCCUGUUCAGCGGCCUGUCAGCAACUCUCCUUCGUGAUGCACCCUUUUCAGGAAUUUACCUGAUGUUUUACAGCCAGACCAAAGGCCUAGUGCUCCAUGACCAGUUGGAUGCAGUCUUUAUUCCUGUCAUAAAUUUCAGCUGUGGGAUAUUUGCUGGUAUUCUGGCCUCCCUGGUAACUCAACCUGCGGAUGUUAUCAAGACCCACAUGCAGCUCUCCCCAGUGAAGUUUCAGUGGAUAGGCCAAGCAGUAACUAUCAUUUUCAAAGACCAUGGGUUGCGUGGCUUCUUUCAAGGCAGUGUUCCCCGGGCCCUCCGAAGAACUCUGAUGGCAGCAAUGGCAUGGACGGUCUAUGAAGAGAUGAUGGCCAAAAUGGGCCUGAAGUCCUGAUAAGAGAGGACCAGGAAAGGGUGGAAUCUGCUGUCCUGCUUGGUUCCUGUCAAGCACUGCUUUAUCUCAGCAUCUGGAGUCUGGUGAAGUCCUACCUGGAAAGCCAGGAAGAAACAUGUUUGCCUUCAGUCCCCCAUUGAAGGAGAGACCUGCCUGGAGGCUUCAGAUUCCCAGAAAAGGAGUCACCAAUGCACAACACAGCCCACUAAAAAGUUGGGACAGAGGUUCGCACAUCCUGCAAACUACUUGAAAGGCAUUUCCAGAGAGAUGUCUGCCAGGUGGUUCUGCUUUAGCCACCUGCCUACACUACAGCUCUUUGAGCAUGUGCUGGGGCAAGGAGUCAUAAUCCGGAGAAGCUGUAGGCCUCCUUCCAUGUCUAAGGAGCUCUACAUGGGGAAGACUAGAUCUGAGAAGAGACAUAGUGAUGUCUACCAGGUGAAGACUAUCUGAAGUAUACCAGGUGUAAGAAGAAAAUAUUUCAUUUAUUUGGUUCCUAAUCAUCUUCUCAGAGGCUCUGGAGAAUGGGGACAGUAACUUCCUAGUCUCUAAAUGUCCAAAGAAAAAUUUUUGGUGUUGGCCCCUGUACUGUUUCAACUCUAAGCUGUUCCGGCUUUUUUCCACAACUAAAGUUUGGAUUAAUAAAGCAAUAUUCUUUAUCAUUGAAAGCUGUUUGUAAAAUUUAAAUAGUAUAUUUAUCAUUCUGUUUGAAAAUAAUAAAUUAGUUCU